AAGAUUUAGACGAAUAAGGGGAUAUGAGGGUCUUGACCGAGACUCCUAUUGGUUUAUCAGCUAAUGCAAAGGUCUUUAACAUUGGUUCUCCUCCAGGUUCUGAUAUCACUAACGCAUUGUUGAAAGCUUUCAAUGAGGCAUGCCAAUUCCCUACAAAGAGCACUGUUCUUAUCCCAAAAGGUGAAUACAAGCUUGGGGAGAUCGUGAUGAUGGGUCCAUGCAAAGCUCCUAUAAGGAUUGCUCUUCAAGGUACCGUGAAAGCCGACGGUAACGCUAAUGGAAAGGAGAAAUGGGUCGCUUUCCGCAACAUUGAUGGGUUUAAGUUGAACGGAGGUGGUGUUUUCGAUGGUGAAGGAAACGCAGCAUGGAGGGUCAACAACUGCCACAAGACUUUCAACUGCAAGAAACUUCCCAUCAGCAUCCGUUUUGAUUUCGUUACCAACGCGAAAAUUAGAGGCAUAACCUCCUUAGAUGCAAAGAACUUCCACAUUAACGUGAUCGGUGCAAAGAACAUGACAUUCGAAGACGUCAAGAUCAUCGCCCCUGCAGAGAGUCCCAACACCGAUGGUAUCCACGUUGGAAGAAGUGACGGAAUCAAGAUCAUCAAUUCAUUUAUCUCAACAGGAGAUGACUGUGUCUCUGUUGGAGAUGGGAUGAAGAACCUUCUUGUCGAAAGAGUUACAUGCGGUCCGGGACAUGGAAUCAGUAUUGGAAGUCUUGGAAGGUAUAGCCACGAGGAAAACGUCAGUGGCAUCAAGAUCAUCAACUGCACCCUCCAAGAGACUGACAAUGGGCUAAGGAUCAAGACAUGGCCUUCUGCAGCUUGUACCACAACCGCCUCCGAUAUCCAUUUCGAGAACAUCCUCCUCAAGAACGUCAGCAACCCCAUACUCAUCGACCAAGAGUACUGCCCAUGGAACCAAUGCAACAAGCAGAAACCAUCAACAAUCAAGUUGGCCAACAUAAGCUUCAAGAAGAUCAGAGGAACAUCAGGAAACAAAGACGCGGUGAAGCUUUUGUGCAGCAAGGGACAUCCAUGCCAGAACGUGGAGGUCGGUGACAUUAACAUCAAGUAUACCGGAGCCGACGGUCCAGCGACUUUCCAAUGCUCAAACGUAUCACCAAAGCUUGUGGGAACUCAGUUUCCAAAAGCGUGUAGCAGUCCGGUGACAAAGCCACCAAAGUAGAAUGUGUGUAUAUAUUAUAUGCUCAUACACAAUCUAAAUGUACACCAUAAGUGUAUGCUGUACGUAUGCUUUUAAUUGAUAUCUUUGUGAAAUAACCUUUUUUGAGCUUUUGGCUAUAUUGUAAGAAAUGUAUCCUUCUUGA